GAAAAAUGAUUUCUCCAGAAACUCUUCGACUCGUUCCCGAACUCGAACGAGGAAAGGAGAGGCCACGAAGAUGAAGCCGAACUGGAGAGACAAGGCUCUGUAUCCGAUCCUCGGCGGAGCCACCGUCCUCCUCAUCCUCUAUCUCAACUUCGACGAACCCAGCUUCGCCUUCCCGGUUCUAUGGCUCCCGAAGAUGGGCUUCGUAGGGACGAACUCGACCCGGUUCGUGGUGGUCGAGGACGGCGGCGGCGGCGGAGGAGGGGCGGGUCGAGCCCAGUCGGCGGUGUACGUCAACGGGUGGAAUUCGUACUGGUUGAUGGAGGAGAGCGUGUGGGGCGGGCCGUCGAGGGGGAGGGUGUCGGAGAUGAUGAGGCGAGGGGCCGGGAUGGGGAUGACGGUGUGCCGGACGUGGGCGUUCAGCGACGGCGACGGGCCCAACGCGCUGCAGAGGUCGCCGGGCGUUUUCGACGAGAGGGUGUUCAGGGGAUUAGAUUAUGUAAUUGUUGAAGCUCAGAGGAAUCGGGUGCGAGUAAUCCUGAGCUUAGUCAACAAUUUGAAUGCAUUUGGUGGUAAAGCACAGUAUAUCAGAUGGGCACAAGAAGCUGGAGAGAAUGUCUCUUCAUCGGCAGAUUCGUUUUUCUCGCAUCCCACAAUAAAGGAGUACUACAAGGCUUAUGUCAAGGCGGUAGUAACAAGAAAAAACUCUAUGACUGGAGUUCAUUAUUUUGAUGAACCAGCUAUUUUUGCUUGGGAGCUAAUGAAUGAACCUCGUGGUGUAUCUGGGUCAUCUGCUCCACUUCUUCAGUCUUGGAUCACCGAGAUGGCUGCAUAUAUCAAGAGCUUAGACCAAAGACACCUCAUUACCAUUGGAGUUGAGGGAUUUUAUGGGUUGCAAAGACAAGAAAAAAAUGCAGUUAAUCCUGGGGAAUGGGCCUCUUCACUUGGAACAGAUUUCCUUAACAACUCAGCAAUUCACAACAUUGAUUUUGCUUCUGUCCAUGCAUAUCCCGAUAGUUGGAUCCCGGAGGCCAGUUUGGAUGAAAAAGUGAAAUAUCUUUCGCAGUGGGUGGAUUCUCACAUACAUGAUGGGGACGAAAUACUGAAGAAACCGGUUCUUUUCACAGAAGUUGGGUCAUCAUUGCAUAAGAAUCAACAAGAGUUACAUCAAAGAGAUAUAUUCUUGAAGAUGGUUUAUGACAAAAUAUAUGAAUCAGCAAAGAAGAGGCAAGCUGGAGCUGGAGCCUUGAUUUGGCAAUUGUUAGUAGAUGAUACGCAGGGUUACGCUGACCAGUUUUCGUUCGUGGCCUGGAAUCACCUCUCGACCUAUAAGUUGAUCAUAGAACAAUCAUGUAGGCUGAGGAGAAUGUUUGUGAAAGAAGAGAUGAAUAGAAAAUAUCGCCAUAAUGAUCCAUGUCCCUCCAUUGGAUCUUGACGGCUAUUAUGUAUGAGUUGAAGCCAGUUGAAAUACCAUUUGAAUUUUGAGCGAGAGGGAUGAAUUUGGAUGAGUUGCUGCAAUUGUGUUUGUGUUCAUGAAAUUGUGGGAAGAGAGGUGAAGAGGCACAAGUGCAAUGAUGCUUCUUCAUUGUGAAUGCCGAUGCCGGGGAAGUGAGAAAUUGUGUGAUUUGAGAUUGUCGGAUUAAAAGGGCAACACAAUUGAGGAGUUCCUUCUAGAAGUUCAAAAAUCGCGGUUCCUCACUUUUGUAAUUGCGAGGUUGCAUCUCUUCUGCCCCACAUUGAUUCAAAUUUAUGCUGGAAAUCUUUCAUUCACAGGUUGAUCCAACACUUGUACCCCCAAGUCAAACGUUAGUGAUUAUUGUAGUGUUCAUUCCCGUCCCAGUUGAUAGGCCUUUUCAUUUCUGUGUCGCCAACAGUUUGAGUGACAUACUGAAGUUGUAUAUUGAUAUAUCAUAAAUACUUUAUUUACUAUUAAAUGAAAUCAUCUGUCACUUGUUUCUUGAGUU